UUCCGGCUCUGAGCGAGAUCCACGUUUAGAAACGAUAACUCAGAAUAGUGGAUCGACGCCGGAUGAUUCAUCGAAUUGCGAAGAAGAGAGUGAGACGCGCGACAAAACGUCAGAGGGUGUCUCGACUGUGGAUGCACCUACAGAGAGAAGUUCUAUGGAAAAUGAAUUACAGCUUGGAGAAGAGAGAGACUCGUCGACUGUUGUCGAGACCGCUAGCACGGAUAUUAAUCGUUAUCUUGACGAUACGUUAACUUCUGAUACAGUUGUAUCGACUCUUGACAACAGUCCGGAAUGGAAAAAGCCAGAAGUACCAAAAACCCUUGACAUAGUUCCUAUAACACUAGUUGCAACAAACGUGGAGAACGGAAAAGUUGAUGAGUGGUCCGGAGAGUCGCAGGAAAAUUGGAAUCAGGCUAGCGACGUAGACACGAUUACGACAACACCUAAACUCGUUAGACAAGGCUCAUAUGUUCUAGAGACCCCCAGUCCUUUGUUGCUCGCUCAUUUGCGAGAUGAAAGUACGUUCGUCUUUGAAGAUUACACUCCGUCAUCUCGACAGAGUAAUCAAGUGUCUAGGCGCAAAGAGUGGAAUAUUAACGAGGCUAAAAGCGAGUGGGAAUUGCGUAAAACUAGGAAUUCGAUCGUCGUGAUGGAUACGAGGGACGGAUUGAGUUGCUAUAGAAACGGGCGAGUACGAAGAAACAGCGCUUCCGGUGCAAUUCAAGGUAGAACGAGUGGAAGCAAAGUUAUGGAGGGGAGGACAACAGGAGGCAGAUAUUUCAGCGGUGCUCGAGAGAUUGCAAGAUCUGCUGAUUGUAUACAAUCAAUGCUGUACCGAGAAAGUUUGAUAAAAAAUACAAAAUCGUCGACGAUCGCGAUGACCAACGGGCAUUCGGGUAAAGAUAAAGAAUCCAGUUGCAGGGUGAACACCGCAACGAGCUGGAAAAUAACGAGAAGCGUUUCAGUUCCGAGUUGUGGCAAUAAAAUAGGAGGAUCCCUCGGUAAUCUCAGAAACGGUUCUCCUACCGUUAAGCGUACGAGCAAGCGGUCAACCACAUCGACACCGCAGAAACAAAUGAGCCUGUCUCGGUCGUUUGACAAAAGCUUGAACAACAGCAACCCUACGAGUUUUGGAACAAAAAGUAGUAGUCAAACCUUGCGAGGUUCCACUCAGAAACUUUUGUCCACCGUCACUUCGGAGAAGCUCAUAGACGUAUUCAAAGAGAUCCAAAAUACUCACGAGCGUCAAAUGAGCCAACUCGUGGCUCGCCAGCAGCAAGAGCAACGAAAUAUGCAAAAGGAGUUUGAAAAACAACAAAUUUUACUACUCGCACAAAUCGAACAAACUUUUCCAGGCAUACGCCUGUCUGGAUUGGCCGAUAAAAUAACGGGCCAUUCGACAAACGUCAAUUCGAGCGAAAAAUCAGAUACACCGCCACCGCCGAAACGAUCGGAUCCCAAAGACGUUAAAUGCCCGUUGGACGGUAUUUAUCCGACUGAGAAUGAGAUUCGAUCGAACGAUGGAAAGUUGCCGCUGAGUCCUGCAAUCAACGGCAAUUAUCACCUUCAGUGUUCGCAAUCGAUUAACGGGCAACGAAAAAAUUAUGCCGUCAGUCGACAGCUGUUUCCACUCGAGAGCAAAACAAGCCAUGUACCCGUACUUGAUAAACGAACCACGUACGAGGACAAACAUAUUAAAGCCGCUACCAUCAUAAACGCUUAUGCCCGUGGCUAUUUGGUACGAAGAAUAAUGCAAACGGAGAGAGUAUUAGCCCUUAAAUCGACUUACGGAGAGGCUCUACGAUGUAUGCUCAGAUUACACGUCGACGCGCCUCUCGCCCUUCCGGAAUUGAAUUUCCAUCAACGACUACAGUUGCAAUGCGACGCUGCUUCGAUCAAUAUCGUCGAGCUAUUCGCCCAGGAGCCUGCAAAAAGAAUGGAAAUAAUUGAACAAGAUCGUCAAAUAAAAAAAGCUCGUCAGGAACGACCGAAUUCUGCGAGAUCGUGUUACUCGUUCGCGACUCAACGUACACUCGCAAGAAAAAAGCUCAAAGAAAUGGGUGACUUUGAGAAAGCAAUAGGUAAUCGAUCUACCACGGUGCGAAGCAGAUGUCAGACAUGGACGUUCAAUAGUCGGGACAAACGUUCACCGAGUCUCAUAAAUCAGGGUAUCAAAAGGAGCACGAGCGCUGGCGCUGUUCGCAAACCUUGGCGCUGAACUUCGGUAUUUGUCAAAACUAAACCCAAAAAAGUGCCUUCAUGUUAAUGUAGAAUAAUGACGGUUCUAAGUCAACGGUCUUUUGUACAAAUUUUAAUAUCCCAGAAGUUGGGAGAGGAAAGGAGAGGAAGGGGUGCGCUCCCCUAUUAGUGCCUCAUCAUCACAAUGUUACUUUCAUUUUAUAUUUUGCUACUUACUCUUUUUUUUGCGCUAAUGUCUUUAUUUUUAUAUAUGCCACAUGAUAUUAUAUUUCUCUGUGAUAACACGACGAGCACUGUACAAAUUUCGCUACCGUUCCAUCCACGCUGUACUCCCUCUCAUAUAUUUUCUUAAUUUUUAAGUCAAUGUACAGUGAUUAAUUAAGUUAUUUUAAAAAAAUCGGCUGAUUAACAAAGGCCACUAAAAAUGUUCAAUGCGAAAUCAAAUAAAAAACUUAUACAAACGUC